AUGGACGCUGUCUCUGCUACUUCUGUCGCCGUUUCCAAGAGGGCCUCUGGAGAAGAAGACAACAUAUGGCGAGCCUACUACGCUGAUGAGUACCCUCAUCAGUUGUGGUGGUUGGUGUCAUGCUUCAUUGCAUUUGUCGCCGUUUGCCAAUUCGCAUCCUUCGUCGUCGGGAAGUACCAAGCUCGUUCCAAGAACUCACCCGUCGCGACGGAGAGCAACAAGAUCCAGUUUAGUAGGUUGCCCCUGGCUUUGGUCAACUACUGGCGCGUCCUUUCAUUCCGGGUUACUAUUGGCGUUGGAUCCUAUACGUUGAACCUGGCCGAGGUUUUCCUCACUUGCGCUUAUAUCGUCGCGCUUUUCACUUGGGAGUUCAUUAACAGCACCUCUGUUGCUGGAGUUAAAUUCAGUUCCGUCUACCUCGCUGGCCGCGCCGGGAGUAUUGCUACAUGCCAGUUCCCACUGGUGACUGCCCUUGGAACGAAGAACAAUGUUGUAUCAUUAAUUACGGGCGUCAGUUACGACAAGCUCAACUAUAUUCAUCGCAUGACAGCCCGCGUCUGCUUCUUAAUGCUUUGGAUUCAUGGGGGUUACAAGUUUCAACGUGUGGAGGGAAAGUAUGAAAUCCUUUGGGUCCGAAUGGCAUUGGUGGCCAUGACCGCCUUCUCUCUUUUGAUCCUAGUGUCUUUACGACCUGUUAGGGCAGGAGCAUAUGAGUUUUUCUUUUACGCUCAUUUCCUUAUGGUAUUGAUCUUCCUCAUUGGAGGAUACUACCACACCAAGAAUUUCGAAUACGAUCCCUAUAUCUGGGCUUCCUUCGUCAUCUGGGGCCUUGAUCGCGCCAUACGAAUGAUCCGGGUUGUAGUUUUCAACCACUCCUACUUUGGGCUCAAGACUGGACACGGUACUUUUGAUGCCAGCGUGGAGCGUCUGUCCGAGCACUUUGUCCGUUUGACUCUGAAGCGCCCCCCUCACUUCCACUGGCGUCCUGGCCAAACCGCCUAUCUCAUCACGCCAGGAGUUUCUCGUCUGCCAUUCGAAGCCCAUCCUUUCACUAUCGCUAGCUACGAUUCUAGCUAUGACCCCACGGAGAAAUCCGCUGAUGUCGAAAAAGCGUCCAGUUCCGUCCUUGCCAAAUCAUCCUCCAAGUCCUUCACCUCUGGAGGAGAGAAGUACUGGAAAGAGCUAGUGUUCCUGGUGAAUGUUCGGGAAGGCUUUACCCACCGAUUGGCCACCAUUGGAACAGACAAGGGGACGGUGAAAGUUUUUGUUGAUGGACCAUAUGGACCAUCGCCGGAUCUCAGCUCAUUCCAUACCUCUGUUUUCGUCGCUGGUGGCACUGGGGUGUCAUACACACUUCCGUUACUACUGGACGCCAUAGAGCGUGUCCGUGAGGGAAAGAGCACAUGCACCAAAGCGGUAUUUAUCUGGGCUAUCAGAGACACGACCCAUGUGUGCUGGAUAUCAAAUGCGAUUUCUAACGCGUUACUUCGGGUACCGCUGUCGAUGAAUGUGGAUAUACGCAUCUACGUCACUGGUGGUGCUCCCGAGUCUGUUCAGUGGGACACUACAUCCGUCGACUCUGAUUCUGCGUCACGUAAUGAGCAACCGUCAUUCCUUGGCUUUGACUCGGUGAACGUCUAUCAAGGGCGCCCAGAUCUUUCGCAGCUGCUACCCGAACAAGCAGAGGCUACCCGGGGCGGUCGCAUGUCUGUUACGGUAUGCGGCUCAAGGGCUGUUGCCCAAUCAUGCAGAUCGGCUCUUCAAUUCCCCCUACGCAAUGCAGCUACGGUUCUGAGAGGCGGCGCAAGUGUGACGCUGCAUGUGGAGUCUUUUGGUUACGCUUAA